AUGCCUCCCAAAGUCUGUAGAUUUUACAACACACCACAAGGUUGUCGACGCGGCGAAGGCUGCACCUUUGAACACACAGGCUCAUCAGCACCCUCCCCGUCUCCCGGUUCGUCGUCGCCAAACAGGGGCCCAAGCUCAGCGAGCCCAAGACCACAAAGGCCACCUCCACCUCAGAGGGUCUGCAAAUUCUGGGUCGGAAAAGGGCGUUGCGACUUCGGGACCAACUGUCGAGAUGCACAUCCUGAUCCAUCUGAGACCCGUGCGACGGCCGUCGACCUCGUCACUCCCUUCCUGACCGAGGCGGGGCUCGCAAAAGUCUCCGGCGUUGGAACUGACAUCUUUUUCGAUGCGGAUAUAUCCCAUACUCCUGGGCAGGCCUUUUUUCAAUUACAUAAGCUACUCAAGGAUGACUUCAGAUUCAAUGCACCAUCUAUCAUCUACUCUUUCUUGACGUGCUUAAGUAGCGCCAAUGUUUCGAACACAGCUUGGACCUCUGAACAGGGACAAGAGCUCCUCGUCAAGAUUGCCUCAGACAACGGAUUGUCAAGGAUCAGAGAUAUCGUCAAUUGGCCAUCUGUAAGCACUGCCGCAGGCAAUAGUAGGAAUGUUCUGUCAUUUCAGCGAGGCUAUGUACAACUUCUCAAGUAUCUAUCCUCCCAAUUCGUCGUCAAGAGCACUCUUGGACAGCAAACAAACGCAUUGUUUCUCUGCAUACUGGAUAAUCUAGACAAGUUCGCAGAUGUCGUAGAGACGAGCAUGGAGAAGAUCAUGGCCGCAAAGUCGUUUCGUGAUCCUGUUUUCACCGCCGCCAAGGUUCCUUCAGGAAAUCAGGUUUUCUUUUCUCUCACCAGUCUUCUUUAUGAAUGUGUCACCCGCUACAAGAACGCCAUUCAGAUAUACCCUCGCCUCGGGCCUCUAGCAGCACAUACAGAACAGUGGAUCGAUACUUGGAUAAAGUCAGUGGAGACUGACCCGUCGUCCUUCGACAACUCAUUCAAAGACCUCUCCCGAGCCGUCCAAGAUCAUGUCACGGGCCAGUUGAGGCUCAAGAUAGACCGUGUGAUGGCCAUCGUCAAGCGUGAUGAGGAUGCUGCAGAACGUAAACGAACGAAAUCCCAGCGGGCGGCUGCAUCACAGUCUGCUGUCAAGUCCGCUACAAGCGAAGGAUUGAUAGCUGCACUGAGACACACGUACGAGGGUCCGGGGACUGAAAGACUACAAGGUCCACGACAUGAUAACGACUUCGUCAAUAUCGACGACAUCCGUACGGCUCCCACACAUGAAGAGCUAGUCUCUCGCAUCCCGCCGUACCUUCCCGCAAAUCUCUAUGACGCACCUCACCCCCAUGCUCCCGACAGCAUGCAAAGGCUCCUCGAUGUUCAAUUCCGGCUCUUACGGGAAGAACUAACCGCUCCUCUUCGGAGUUCGGUCCAACUCGUUCUGGAUGACCUACGUGUUCCCGGAAUGAAAAGGACCCAGCUAGCUGCUUUGCGCGAAAAUAAAGGCGGCAAGUAUAAGGGACAUGCGGACAGCCAGGACAGCAUCAUGUUCAAUAUCUACACGGACGUUAUCUUCAACUCUCUCCUUCCUGACCGCCGCGGUAUCACUGCAACCCUGACAUUCGACACACCUCCCGGUCGCGCUCGGUCCCCACAGUCAAAGGUCAGGGCAGGGUUCUGGGAGGCGAACUCUGGCAAACGGCUCAUGCAAGGUGGACUCGUGGCGUUGGUAUGGAAGCGUGGACAGGACAUCACGGUCCACCUUGGCACACUUGCGACCUCUGUACGGGACGUCGUCGAGUCUUCAAAGUCUUCUCCAGACCGGAUCACAGUCCGCGUCGCCUUCUUCGACCCAGAGGUCGAGAUUCGAAUUCUACAUUCGGUCAAGCAAGCCACACGUCCGCCAGGCGAAAUCAAGCUGCUUGUUGAGGCACCCGUACUCUUCGAAGCCAUACGCCCAUUCUUGGAGGCUCUCCGCAGAGAGCCUGAAACUGUCCCAUUUUCUCGUUAUCUUCCUCUCCGACCGCCAGGCUUCUACACCAACUUCAAGGUUGACCCCCCUGUUUACGCGACAACUCCGGGGUUCCAAUACAACCUGUCCUCCUUAUUCGUCGACAUAGAUGCACACUCUGACCUUCGCAUGUCAGUUUCUGACUCUUCAUCGGUGAACUUCGCCCGUCAAGCUCUUCGAGAUGGUAGCCGUCUUGACGAUAGCCAGGCCGAUUCAAUUGUCGAUGCCUUGACCAGGGAGAUUGCUAUGAUACAGGGGCCUCCAGGGACAGGGAAGAGCUACACGGGAGUCGAGCUUCUGCGUGUUCUUCUCGCGAACAAGAUUGGCCCAAUACUCAUGAUCGCUUUCACGAACCAUGCCUUAGAUCAUAUGCUCGCCUCCGUCCUGGAUGCCAAGAUCACAAACAACAUCGUUCGCCUGGGCUCGCGUUCUGCCGACGAGCGAGUCUCCCAAUAUUCCAUCGAGGCCAAGGAAAUGGUCACCAGCCGCUCGUCUCUCGACCGCUCGUUUUCUCAGCGUCAUCGCGCCUUGAAGACCAUUGAGAAUGAGAUUGCAACCCACAUGCGCAAACUUUUGAAGACAAGCGUCGAUCCAGAAGACAUUAUUGGAUACCUUGACCUGACGCAGCCUGAGCCGUACUAUCCUCUUGUCAACCCUCCGGCCUGGAUUGCUACCCUCAGAAGUCUCACAUCCCAGGCCGACGGUGAGAAUGGGCAGUGGCAUGAUGUUGGACCUCGCGGGCGCGGGAGCGUACAAGGCAAUUCAAUCUACACGUAUUGGCGGCAUGGUCGCGAUCUUGAUUUCUUGCGAACGCCACGUCCCUCGACUCCACCCCCACUACCAAAAGUGGCAGCGCCAUCCCAUCCACCUGCCAAUACGAACCGUUACGAUAUUCUCGUUUCGUCAAACGCCAAUAAUGAGCACCCAGGAGACGAAGAUGGCCUUGAGUCGGAUAGUGAUGACGAUGAAGAGCAACCACUUUGGAUGAAGAGUUUCCUAGAUGAAAUAACGGAUAUCAAACAGUCUUCUCCCCAAGAACCACCUCACACUCUUGCACCUGCUCCCGUUUCCAGACCUUUCGAACUACCCAACGACUCCGACGAUUCCGAUGCCAAAUCCCAUGAGUCAACACAGCACUUCCUCAGUAUUGAUGAUAUCCGCGAUGUGGGCGCUUUCUUCAAAGCGAUUGGCCUGGACGAGGUUCCUGAGGUUCCGACUAGAAAUCGGUCACUCGAUCUGCUCCUAGACACAGAUUCUCCGUGGAGCAUGUCGUAUAUCGAACGUGACCGACUGCAUGCUCACUGGGAGGCCACUGUCCGCUCUGACUCCUUCACUCAAGGGAUGGAUGACUUCAAGAGAUUACGGGAUCAACAUGCUGCAGCUCAACAGAGUUAUGAUGAGGGUAAAAAUGAGUGCCGACGACAGCUCCUUUCGCAAGUCGACAUCAUUGGGUGUACGACAACGGGUGCUGCUAAGUUGACUGCUCUCCUCAAGGGUAUCUCCCCUCGUGUGAUGCUUGUUGAAGAAGCCGGACAAGUCCUAGAGGCUCAUGUCUUGGGCUCCCUUGUCCCUUCGGUUGAGCAUCUCAUUCUCAUUGGUGAUCCUCUCCAGCUCCGCCCUACCAUCGCAAAUUAUGGACUCUCGGUGGAUUCGAGGAAGGGCGAACAGCUCUACAAGUUCGAUCGUUCACUCAUGGAAAGGCUUGCUUCGAGCGGGAUGCCGAUGUCGCUAAUCAACGUUCAAAGACGAAUGCGACCCGAUAUUUCGAAUCUUAUCAGACACACGCUGUAUCCUCAGCUCAUUGACCACGAGCUCGUACAUCAUUAUCCUCAUGUCCGUGGCUUCGAGAAGAAUGUCUUCUUUUUUACUCAUAACCAUCGCGAGAACGGAGGUGGUGAGGAGUCCGCCAGCAAGUUCAAUAUGUUUGAGGUCGACAUGAUCAAGGACAUCGUUCUCUAUCUGCUUCGACAAGGAUGCUACUCCGAGGAUGGAGACAUUGUCGUUCUUGCUGCAUAUCUGGGUCAGCUCUCCAAGCUCCGUGACGCUCUUUCAGGUCAAGUUACUGUAGUCAUCGACGAGCGAGAUAAGGCUGCACUUGAAGAGCACGAGGACGAGAAAGAAGAUGACGGGACCUCCUUCACUAACGUGGAACAAGUCCAAAUCUCGCGACGCGUCCGCCUUCGUACUAUCGACAAUUAUCAAGGGGAGGAAGCUAAGAUCGUAAUCCUGUCUUUGGUCCGGAACUCUGGUGCAAUGGAUGACGAGGCGGACGUUGCGGCACAAGGAGCAGCCAGACGAGGGAACAUCGGAUUUUUGAAGUCUGAGAAUCGCACGAAUGUGGCCGUUUCUCGGGCGAAGGAAGGACUGAUAAUCCUUGGUAAUGCCCCUAACCUGUCGUCCAGAAGCCGGAUGUGGCGCUCCAUCAUUGAGGAGCUGGAAGCGAAAGAGGCUGUUGGAGACGCAUUGCCCGUUUCUUGCCCGAAUCAUCCCGGGACUGUACAGUACAUCUCCAGUCCUGGCAAGCUCCCUCGCAUAGCUCCCGAUGGUGGCUGUUUGGAACCUUGUGGUACUCGGCUUCAAUGCGGUCAUCUCUGUCCCUUCAAGUGUCAUUCCGACGAUCCGCGUCAUGUCGCCGUUCAAUGCACCGAAUCUUGUCGGAGGCUUUGUCCUAGAGGCCACCCAUGCAAUAAGCCGUGUGCCACGCAGUGUGGCGAUUGCCGCUACCCAGUUUCGCAAGUCGAGCUUCCAUGCGGUCAUAUCACAGACGGGAUUCCUUGCCACAUGUUGGAUAGCCUCGACGAAGUAGUUUGCAAUGUUGUGGUGGAGAAGUCGCUUCUUCGCUGUGAACAUUCUGCCGUGAUGAGAUGCUCGGACGAUGCAUCUAGCUACACCUGCGUGGCCCAGUGCGGUGGGAUCAUGACAUGUUGUGGAAGAACAUGCCGUAACACCUGUAGUGCAUGUCAGUCGAAGAACACGGUUGGAGAAGAUGGCCGGAUCGGUAGAGUGGAACACUGCCAACACAGCUGUCAAAAGGCGCUCUACUGCCAACAUCUCUGCCAGAAUCCAUGCUCGAGCGAUCACGAGCAUUCGAAAAUGUGCAAGGCACCUUGUCGCCAGGUUUGUGUGCAUGCAAAAUGUCGUCUGCCCUGCUCCGCUCCUUGUGCACCCUGUCAAGGGAAGUGUAUAUGGAAUUGUCCGCAUCACACCUGCCCAGUACCAUGUGGCUCGGUCUGCGCUCGUCUUCCUUGCGACCAGCACUGCAAGAAGAUCCUCAAAUGCGGACACCGCUGCCCCUCAGUUUGUGGCGAGCCUUGUGAUAUCAUGAAAUGCCCAUUAUGUGCCUCUCCUGACGACCAGAACAGCGUCGUCGACUUCAUUAUGCAACGUACCUUGGCCGAAGUCAGUCCAGAUGAAGAAACAUUGGACGAGCUGCUAAUAACGAUCCCCAACUGUCGGCAUACGUUCACGGUCGAGACACUUGAUGGACACUGCGGCAUGAGCGACUACUACGAUCGCGAGGGUACUGAGGGUAAAUGGACCCAAUGCAAAGAGCCACCUUUCGGCUUCCGUGCACCUCCCGUCUGCCCAACCUGCAGAGCUGCUAUCACAUGCCCUCGCUACGGCCGCAUUUUCAAGCGCGCUGAUCUGGACAUCAUCGAGCGCAAUGUGGCCUCACAGAUGACGCUCAUACUCGACGCAGUCGAUACAGAGGCAACGAUAUCGUCCAAGGUCGAGGCUGAGGCCAAGGUCAAAGCCCGCGCCUCAUCUCUCCGCAUCUCUGGUUCUAAAGUUACUGCACAAACCCUGAAGAAGACAAAGAAGGAGCGCGAGAAACUUCUGCGGGCCACGCGAGAAACUCCUGUACCCCUCGACGCCAUCAUUCCAGGAAAAGCUCACUACCACGGCGUAGACAAUCGCGUCGACGGAGCUUGGCGUCAGGCCAUCGAUCAUCUUCUACGAGCGUACGAGAUGGCCUCGAAGGUGGCGUCUACUCGUUCCGCGCACGUCAGCGCAUGGGAGGCCGCUUUCCAUACGCUUCACGAGCAGGAGAUGGAACUUGCCCUCGAGGACCCGAGCACUGCGCCACGUCAACCUCAGGAGCAUGCCAUGCGCAUGGCUCGUAUCAGGAUCGGUCAGCCCCAACCUCGAGCAGACAAACGCUUCGUCGUGGAGGCUUUCUGGUCCACAUUGACCAUCCGAUUUACCCUCGCCGAUCUGGCCAUGACCUGGCUUCGAGCCGUCAGUCAAAAGAAGGAGGAGUAUCCGACUCAGCAACGGACCGUAUGGGCGAUAUAUAUCGAGUUCCUAUUGCGGUCAUGCACCCAAGAUGCCGAGAUCGCCCUUCGUAUUGCAAAGAACUCGGAGUCUCGCCGACAGGUCACCAAGACGGCACUCUACCUGAUGCGAUCCGAGCUAGAACUGUUCAAACUCGACGUGGAGAUGUCUCGCGAGAGGGGUGUCCUGACUGAGGCCAGAUCUAGCUUGGUAGAGAAAGGUGAGGAGAAGCAUGCUGCUGCGAAGGAUUAUGCUAGGCAGGUAGAGGACGACCACAUCAAAAGCCGAGGGAGUGGUCCCGAUGACCAUGACUGGCUCCGAGAGAACUUCUCGGAAACGGCUGAAGUGAUAUUGCAAGAGUGGAGCUUGGUACUGGGCUCUGUGCGCGAUAGUACGUUUUAUCAGUCGGUUUCCUUGGACGAGAAGAUGUCCAUUAUCCGUGCUCUUGACUUCUCUCACACCGGCCACUUCUACAAAUGCCGCAAUGGGCAUACAUUCGUCAUCACCGAGUGUGGUGGAGCCAUGCAGCGUUCGUUCUGCCCCGAAUGUGGCGAACCUAUCGGCGGCGACUCUCACGUAUUGGACUCGAGCAACACACGCGACACAAACUUCGAGGAACUGGUUAGACGUCAGGGGGCUCAACAAAGCCCAUGGACCUGGGGACGAUAGGUAGGUUUCGUUGUGACUCGUGAGUGGUCUGAGGGAAUCAAGAUGAUGGACAUACGGUGACCACGGUGAAAGAAUAAACUGUUCCUUAUACGCAUCUCUUCAAUGACUGUAACGAUAGAGGACUCUCUGAAUGUCUG